GCUCGACCUGGGAAGUUCUCCCAGAGGGCACACAUUACACAAAAAAGUCUAAAAACGCGGUUUAUUAAAUGAACAGUUUUAUUUUUAUAUUAAGUAAGUUUGUACAAAAUCAACAAUGAUGGGAAGUGAAUCUGUGCUAUUAGGGAUAUAUUGUUUUUUAAGUGUAUCCGGAGUGCAACCGUCAAUGAUGAUUAACCUAAUUAACCUAGCUACCAAAUUGUGGACCACGUAAUACAACCCACAUAUAUGUGAUGAUGAUAUAUAUGAUAUAUAAUAUAAUUAACUUUGUAAUUAAAUAACCGGCUAAGCUAAAAUAAUUGGUUAUGAAGUGUUUUUGUUGGAAACAGUAUUACUCCUCGGAUAGGUUGUGGCAAGCUUUGCCAAUGUUGAACUGACAUUCAAAAAAAAAUCAAACAAGCCGCAUUUGAAACUCUCGCUUGAUAUUUUUGAAAAUUCAAUUGGCGGGUAUCGGUAUCGAGUGACGACCCUUUCUGACCGAUAACGGCGUCGUGCAUCGCCUAUCGACCAGUGGCAUCACUAGUGCCAAAAUGUGGCAGUUUGAAAACAAAAACGCAACUAAAAUGAAAACGUCUCAGAAUGAAAUGCCCGACAAGGACAAAAGUUUUCGCAGACAUUCUUUGUCGCCGCGUUCUCUAUCCGCGAUAUUCUUCCACAGCACUGGUCUGCAUCUGGACGACGGAGUAGCACAGUGGCUAUCCAUCAAUGUUAAGGAAGACAUUACAAAUCUGCUAAACGAGGCUGGAAAAUACAUGCGGCGCAUCCGGGAUCGGCGAUUGCAACUGUCUCACAUCCAGCAUGCCGUCCGAAUGCACGACGACCUCUGCUAUGACAUCUUUUUUAGGCUGGUCCAUUGCGACGAUUGCAAAAUGCCUCCUUCCCAAAAAGUAUUAAAAACCGUCCGCGAAGCUGUAACCGCCGAAAAAAAGGAUGAACUUCUCGUUUCCUACCCGGAAUCCGUGCAGGAAUCUGUGCCGGAACCCGUGCCGGAGACUUCAUUGGAGCCGCCUCCCAUGCACACCGGGUGGCUAAAGGUGGAGCAGGUGCUGCUAAAGCCCAGCAAGCGCUAUCCGCUGAGCAUGGAACAGCAGAACUUCUUCGAGUUGGUAACCGAGGCCUGCGUAGGCGACUUGGAAUCCCGGCGCGUGCUUGCUCUCAAAGCCAUCUCCACUGAUCCCUCGCUGGAGGAGUUGCUGCCCAGGUUGACCAAGUUCAUUGCGGACGCAGUGGCUAUCAACGUGGCCCAGCAGAACCUGCCGCUGCUCCUUUACCUUAUGCGCAUGGUCCGAGCUCUUUUGGGAAACCAGCGCUUCAGCCUAUUGCAAUAUCUCCACCUGCUCCUGCCAGCCGUUCUAUCCUGCCUGCUGGCCAAACAAGUGUGCGCAUCUCCGAACUCGGAGGAUCACUGGGCCUUAAGGGAAUACUCCGGAAACAUAAUGGCCCACAUAGUGCGCCAGUUCGACGCUGCCGACAACGGCAUCCUGCCCAGAGUCAUUGGUGUUUACAACAAGGCGCUAUUGAAGAAGCCACUGACAACGGUGUUUGGGGCCGUCAUAGGCCUGGGAAAGAUGGGGAAUCAUGCGGUCCGCGCAUGCAUUUUGCCUCAAUUGAAGUACCUAUCUGAACACAUCGAUUCACACAUGGCCGCCAGUAAUGACUCUCCCAGCUCCAGCGUAGACAGGCAAGCAGUUAAGUACAUUCGUCAUCGGUUGAUGAAGAUGUGCUCUCCCGUGCUGAUGGGCAUACAUCAACCCCCUGAUCUGCCGGAAGAGUUUAUGGAGAGAUAUGGAUCUUUGGGCACGCUGAUGAGCGAUGGCGUCACCGUGAUGCGUACGAAGAAACAAGCAGUGGCUGCAGCCAAGGCGGAAGCAGAACUGAAGUUGAAAAAUAUGGCUACAGAACACCUUAACUCCAGAGGGAAAGGAUCUCGAUCCGUCGGCUCCAACGAUCUUGUCUCUGGCACCCAGCUGCCCAAGAAUGGUAUUCGUCCCACAAGCCAAGCACCCAAAUCUGUCUAUUCAAUUUCUGUGAAUGGACAGACCGUCAAAAUUUCGACGCCAAAUCUUUGCAAUACAAUGCUUCAGCAUCAAAAGAAGGAUUUAUUUUCCAAACCAUCGGACUUUGUGGUUCCUCAAUUAGUGGUUAAUCAAUUCAAAAACGGCUUAAUCCCGUCCAAUUCCCAGCGAUCCAGUUCGCCGGCCAGGAACGUGAUACAUUUGAAACCUAACAACGACCAUCCUUCAAAAAUGGCUUUGUUCCUACGUCAAGCAAUAACGGCAGAUUGUCCAAUAAUUACUUAAUUCAAUAACCUAUCUCUGUAUGAAAUAAUU